UCUAUCUCCGCUCUGUUUCUCUCUCUUCUUCUUUUUUUUUUUUUUUCCCCUAAACCAAAUUUCGAGGGUCCUCCCGUCUCCCGGUGGUCUCCAUUCUGUGAGAGAGAGGGAGCGAGAGAGAGGAAGAGUCCUCUUGCCGUCGAUCGAUUUCCCUCCUGGAAUUCGGAUCGUAAGAAUCUCAGAGUCUCCAUGACAAUGAUGACGCCUCCCCCCUUGGAUCAGGAGGACGAGGAGAUGCUCGUCCCUCAUUCCGAUUUCAAUGACGGACCGCAGUCGAUGGAAGUUGUGGCGCAAGGGGAGACGAUCAGCACAGCGGAGAACCAGCAGGUCGAGGAGCCUCCCUCGACUCGUUUUACUUGGACCAUCGAGAACUUCUCGAGGUUGAAUGUCAAGAAAUACUACUCCGAUGUGUUCAUCGUUGGUGGCUAUAAAUGGAGGAUUUUGAUCUUUCCAAAAGGAAAUAACGUAGACCAUUUGUCUAUGUACCUGGAUGUGGCGGAUUCAGCAACCCUACCUUACGGAUGGAGUCGAUAUGCACAGUUUAGCUUGGCCGUGGUCAAUCAAAUCCAUAGCAAGUACAGCAUAAGGAAAGAUACACAGCAUCAGUUCAAUGCACGUGAGAGUGAUUGGGGAUUUACUUCCUUCAUGCCUCUCAGUGAGCUAUACGACCCGGGGAAAGGGUUUCUUGUAAAUGACACAUGUGUGGUGGAGGCUGAGGUUGCCGUUCGUAAAGUGGUUGACUAUUGGACGUAUGACUCGAAGAAGGAAACUGGAUAUGUUGGUCUUAAGAACCAAGGAGCGACAUGUUACAUGAACUCCCUUCUUCAAACAUUGUAUCAUAUACCUUAUUUUCGAAAGGCAGUGUAUCAUAUGCCGACAACCGAGAAUGAUAUGCCAUCAGGCAGUAUCCCUCUGGCCUUGCAGAGCUUAUUUUAUAAGCUCCAGUACAGUGAUAAUAGUGUUGCUACGAAAGAGCUGACAAAGUCGUUUGGAUGGGAUACGUAUGACUCUUUCAUGCAGCAUGAUGUUCAAGAGCUAAACAGAGUCCUUUGUGAAAAACUGGAAGACAAAAUGAAGGGCACAGUUGUUGAGGGCACCAUACAACAGUUAUUCGAAGGACACCACAUGAACUACAUAGAGUGCAUCAAUGUUGAUUAUAAAUCUACAAGGAAGGAAUCAUUCUACGACCUACAACUUGAUGUUAAAGGAUGUAGAGAUGUUUAUGCUUCCUUUGACAAGUAUGUGGAAGUGGAGCGCCUAGAAGGUGAUAAUAAGUAUCAUGCAGAACAAUAUGGACUACAGGAUGCAAAGAAGGGUGUACUCUUUAUCGAUUUCCCUCCUGUUUUGCAGCUUCAGCUAAAACGAUUUGAAUAUGAUUUUAUGCGUGAUACAAUGGUUAAGAUAAAUGAUCGAUAUGAGUUCCCACUGCAGUUGGACCUUGAUAGGGAGGAUGGUAAAUAUCUUUCACCUGAUGCAGACAGGAGUGUUCGGAAUCUUUACACGCUUCACAGUGUUCUAGUUCACAGUGGUGGAGUGCAUGGAGGACAUUACUAUGCUUUUAUUAGGCCUACUCUCUCUGAUCAGUGGUUUAAAUUUGAUGAUGAAAGGGUAACGAAAGAAGACACAAAGAGAGCAUUAGAGGAGCAGUAUGGUGGUGAAGAGGAGUUACCCCAGACAAACCCUGGAUUUAAUAAUACACCAUUCAAAUUUACAAAAUACUCAAAUGCAUACAUGCUUGUUUACAUUCGGGAAAGUGACAAAGAGAAGAUAAUUUGUAAUGUCGACGAGAAGGACAUUGCCGAGCAUCUAAGGAUUAGGUUGAAGAAAGAGCAAGAGGAAAAGGAACAUAAGAAAAAGGAGAAAGCCGAAGCUCACUUGUAUACUAUAAUAAAGGUUGCUCGGAGUGAGGAUCUUGCGGAUCAGAUUGGCAAGGAUAUAUAUUUUGAUCUGGUAGACCAUGAUAAAGUUCGCAGUUUUCGUAUUCAGAAACAACUUCCAUUUAGUCUUUUUAAGGAAGAGGUGGCCAGGGAAUUUGGGAUACCAGUGCAGUAUCAGCGUUUCUGGCUGUGGGCGAAGCGACAAAACCAUACAUAUCGUCCAAACAGGCCUUUGACCCAACAAGAGGAACUUCAGUCUGUUGGCCAGUUGAGAGAGGUCUCCAACAAAGCUCAUAAUGCUGAGCUGAAGUUGUUUUUGGAGGUUGAACUUGGACCGGAUGGUCAUCCUCAUCCUCCUCCCGACAAGACAAAAGAAGAUAUUCUUCUGUUUUUCAAGCUUUAUGACCCUGAAAAGGAAGAAUUACGAUAUGUCGGAAGGCUUUUUGUCAAAGCGGGAGGUAAGCCAGUAGAAAUACUAACCAGAUUGAAUGAAAUGGCUGGUUUCCCACCAAAUGAAGAAAUUGAAUUGUAUGAGGAGAUCAAGUUUGAGCCCACUGUCAUGUGCGAACAUAUUGACAAACGCAUGACUUUUCGGGCCAGCCAGCUUGAGGAUGGGGACAUCAUCUGUUUUCAGAAAUCUCCUUUGGUUGAUACGGAUGAGCAUUGCCGAUACCCAGAUGUCCCCUCUUUUCUGGAAUAUGUUCAUAAUCGACAGGUUGUCCAUUUCCGUUCUCUUGAUAAACCAAAAGAGGAUGAUUUCUGUUUGGAGCUAUCAAAGUUACAUACAUAUGAUGAUGUUGUUGAAAGAGUUGCAAGGCAUAUAGGAUUGCAGGAGCCCUCAAAAAUCAGGCUGACGUCCCAUAACUGUUAUUCCCAGCAGCCUAAGCCACAGCCCAUUAAGUACAGAGGUGUAGAGCAUCUGUCUGAUAUGCUUGUUCACUACAAUCAGACAUCUGAUAUACUCUAUUAUGAAGUCUUGGACAUUCCACUUCCAGAAUUGCAAGGUCUGAAAACUCUGAAAGUUGCAUUUCAUCACUCAACAAAGGAUGAAGUGGUCAUUCAUAGUAUAAGAUUGCCGAAACAAAGUACUGUAGGGGAUGUCAUUAAUGACCUGAAGUCCAAGGUUGAAUUGUCUAAUCCAAAUGCUGAGCUGAGACUGCUUGAGGUUUUCUAUCACAAGAUUUACAAGAUAUUUCCAUUGAACGAGAAGAUUGAGAAUAUCAAUGAUCAGUACUGGACAUUGCGUGCGGAAGAGAUCCCAGAGGAAGAGAAAAAUCUUGGGGCACAUGACCGGCUGAUCCAUGUUUAUCAUUUCACAAAAGAUGCAUCACAAAAUCAAAUGCAGGUACAAAAUUUUGGAGAACCUUUUUUCUUGGUUAUACAUGAAGGUGAGACGUUGGCAGAGGUUAAGUUACGGAUUCAGAAAAAAUUGCAGGUUCCUGAUGAGGAGUUCAGGAAGUGGAAGUUUGCGUUCAUGUCAUUGGGUCGCCCUGAAUACCUUCAGGAUGCCGAUGUGGUCUCUAGUCGAUUUCAGAGGAGAGAUGUUUAUGGUGCAUGGGAACAGUACCUUGGACUGGAGCAUUCAGAUACUGCCCCCAAGAGGGCGUAUACAAUCAAUCAGGCACGGCACACUUUUGAGAAACCAGUAAAGAUAUACAACUAGAAAGCAGUAAUUUAUCCUGGCUUCACUGAAAGUGAUGAUGAGCUAUUGCAACUGGUGGCAAUUCGGAUACAGAGAUGAAGAAAGCAGCAGCCCUGGAGAUGUGGAUGAGUUCCCUGAUUUGAGUGUAGUCUUUCUUCAGUAGUUGCUAAAAUGUAUUCUUUCUAAUGUGGGUGGAGAGAGGACCUCUGGGUUGUACGAGCAUGCUUCAUGCUUGCGCUCCUACACGUCUCAGUGUUGUGUUUUUCAUCCGUGGCCCCUUUUGAGUUAGUGUUCAGUCUCAUCUUUGGUUUCCCUUUCUCUCUUUUUUUCCCCCCUUUUAGUUGGGUAAAUAGAUUAUCCACUUCACUGUAUUUACUUGGUACAUAGAGAAGAUUUUUGGACUAGGGAAUUGUAUACAGGCGUAGUUGGACAAUUUUCCUCCUCUUUCAACACCCCCCUCACUUCUUUCCUUUAUGUGAUGAAUAUGGGGCUUGUAUAAUGGUGUUGGUUGGUUCCUCUUGGUUUUGGGGUUUUAGGUAUGUAAAAGGAACAUGUAUGUAUUUCUGAGGAUCUUGACUGUUCUUUGCAUCCUAAUAUUCUUUUUCCUCUUUGGCUGCCUC